AUGGCGGAGCAAGCUAGACCGGCCCCCGCCAGAGGUAUUCCCCCGGGCAUACAUUCAUCGCGAGUCGCCCCGAUACAUAAAAUCAUUCAGCAAUGGACACCUCUGCUGCAUCCGACAAAGUCGCCUGAAGAGAAGUAUCAAGAGAGGCAUAGGGAAGCCCAAGCACACUUUGAAGUGGCGGCGGCCUCGGCAUGCGUGCAAUCUGAUGCAGAGAGGCUGGAUGCUCUUCAAUCCUGCAUUAACCAGCUUAAGGAACUACAGGCGGAGCGCGAAGCGAAUAAGGAUGAUGAAGAGAGAGAAUACCAGGAGUUGUACUGGGAGCAGCAGGAGGCUCUUAUCUUGGACUUGCUCGAUACACUUGGACCUGAGCUGGGAGAUAGAGUGUGCAGCAAGUGGCGACAGCGGACUCAGCUGCCUGUGAACACUUCUGCUCGCUUGGAUGCUUCUGCUGGAUCACCGACCGAAGUGGCCCCAAGCUCGUCAUACUUUACGCCGAAUGCAAGCCCUGUUUUACAGGCGUUCCGCCCGCCAAUUCCCAGGCCGCAGAACGAGUCCGCUCCCAUCGCCGAAACACCGAGAGAUCAAGAGAUACAUACCCCCAGCCGAUCUCUAGACGAAACCCAACAGCCUUCGACAGCCCAACAAAAGAGACCUGCGAAUAUCUCUCAAGGGAGCCUCCCCCGCCCUCCAAAACGACCCCGAUCGAAUGCCCCUCAACCACGAGGACCUCUCACUGGCGACCGAGCGAUCGACUUCGACGACGUCUACCAAGAUGGUAAUGCCGCGACGAAGUACAUAAUUACAGAACACAAGGGUUUCUGGUAUAUCCUCGAGUGUAAGAAGCACAAGCUGCACUUCAUGAGUAACAAUCCUAUCCAUGGAGCUCGCAGGCACUUGACCGCUGGUACACACGGCCAUAUGAACGCCAAUUACGAUGAGGCAGUUCGUAUUCUCGGCACAAGAGUUCUUAACUGCGAUGAAGACAAAGCCAAGCGGAACAACCUCGCCGCGCAGAGACCUACCUACGCGCAAUAUGGUAGACCUCUCAGCAGUGUCUCGGCUGGGUCGUCGCAUUCCAACGGAGGACCUCAGACGCGAAGCACACAGUUCCUCACUGGUAUUGACCCGCAGCCCGGUGAGGUGUACACUACCUUCUGGAAGAAGACGAAACGAUUCUUUGCUAUCCUUGUGUUACCGUGGGGUAGUUUCCGGCAAUUCGGCUGGGACAUGAAUCUCAUGGACAACACGGCCUUGCUGAAGAAGCAUAUUCCUGUUUGCUAUGAUUACGACCCUGCUACCGGUACGGUUGAGUGGGCUGAGAACUACGGGCCUGGGGGAAAGUACCACUAUAAACGCAAGUACCCAAUCAUGUACUUUGAUGCAGAUGUUUUUCCGUGGGAGUGCGCUAUCGGGUGGGUUGCCAUGAACGAGUUCCGUGCUUAUGAUCCUAACGACGAGGGGAUUGAUCAUAAAGAACAGGUCAAUGAGUUUAUCCUGCGGAUGAAGGAUAGGGAUCGUUUGAGGAAUGAACACCAAGAUGACGGCGCGGCGACGGGUGAUGUCUCGAAUGAGCAGCAGAGUACGGAAGUCGAGCAGCCCCCGUUGGGAUCAUGCAUGCGUUUGGCGAUUGAGAUUCCAGAUGAUGAUAGUGAUACUGAAGAGGGCUCGGGUAUGAUGCCUCAAUACGAUGAGUGGACGGAGGAGGGGACGCGGGUCAAGGCUGAGCCUAUGAACCAAGAAACUCCUACACAACGAUCCGAUGCUGCUGCGGUGCAAGCAACUAUCAGCUCAGAGACGGGUAACCCGUGGCACGGCCUUGAUCAUGCACCAACUGUUCCCAACUCCAUCCCAGCCCUUGAUGCCAAUGGCGUCCUUCAUCCUUCUGUCCCAAACACUCCUACAGUCGAGAACUCCAGUGUCCCUUCUUCUAGUGCCCAUCUCAGACCGGAUGGGCAGAUCUAUGAUCAUCAACAAUCACCAUGCGUGCCCCCGCCGCAAGAGCACCAUACCGCUCCGAUCGUCGACACCGGUCCCCGAGCCCCAGAAGCAGUGAUGACUCCCGGAUAUCCUCUGCCAGCUCCUUUCGCACGCAUGAACGAUCACGCUGUCUCUGAGAACUCUGCUCGGAUGGAACUGUAUGGCUAUCUAGCUCCUGGGUAUACCGCACCGGCGAGUGCAGACGUCGCAGGGGUUGCCGGGUCAGAAUGGAUGACUCCUGCGCAGGCGGCGACAGAGGGAGCGCGGGACCGUGAGAUCGAUAUUCGAAACGCUGCUGUGAGACGUAACUGGCGGCAGCCAUUCAUUACCGACGAUGACUGA